AACUUUGGGUUUUCAAAUUUGAACCUAUAUUAAAAAUUACAUAAAUAGAUGUAAUAUUAAUUUAAAUAAAUUUUGGUGUUAAAAUUUUUGAUUUCCGUCAAACCGUUGGCGAUGUAUAUUUGACUCUUAUGUUUAGGUAGGGGAAGAGUAAUGGAGGAUGCUGCACCGCCACACAAAUGAUAGGUACUCCACUACUCUCCUCCAACAAAAACUUUAAAGUGGAAUAUCUCGUUAUCGGAUCGACGGAAAUUAAAAAUGUGGACACCAAAAUUUAUUUAAACUAAUACUACAUCUAUUUAUAGAAUUUUUAAUAUAGGUUCUCAUUUGAAAAACCAACAUUGGUAUCGCCACUACAGGAUUCUCAUUAAAUGUUAUGAAAAAUCCAAAUAUUCGAAAAUAUCGUCUUUAAUUACACUUAAAAAUUCCAAAAAACAGAAUCCAAAAUUUAACCAAAAAAAUGGGGUGAGCACGUUUACUAUAGUGAAUCACUCUGUAUAUAUAUAAUGCACAGUACAGUUAUACAGGCUGUCCCACGAAGAUAAAUCUCUUGAAUAUCUCCGGAGAUAAAGUUCAUCAAAUUCUGAGUUUUUUAUAUUACUUACAGGAACGAGGACUACAAAUAUUUAUUUUUAAAUUCAUUUUUUUACUAAAAACAAAAUAAACAUUUUAUUUUAUUAUUUUCGGAAAAUCUUAAGAAUGGCUAUUUUAUAGAGUUUAUUUUUCUGCAAAUAUUAAUGUAGGUAUCACACAUUCAUAUCCCAUGAACAGUUUCUAAGUAACAGCAGUUUUGAAUUCAAUUAAUCCGUGUGAAAAUUAGUUAUCUAGAGACUAACCCACGAACUAAGAUAUAUCUUAGUUUGUGUUCAUUACUCAUUAGGGUAUUCUUACAUUUAGUGUGAAAACUUAGUACUACGAUUUUGAUGACAUUUUAUCUGCAUCGUGAUUAGUACCUACUGCCAUUGAUUAUGAAUCAAUAGGUAAUUAAUGGUACUAUUUAUGAUAAUCAUUGUACAAAUUAAAUUUGCGCGCGUUAUAUAUGACCAAUCACUACAGUUAUGAAUAAUUUUCAAAAUUUGCUGUUAACAAUAACAUGUUAUGUAAUUAGUGUUAACCUAUAAUAGAGAACGCCAUUAUAAUGCGACUUUUAGUCAGAUUUGAUAAGAACAUUCACCGCCGUGAAUCUGUCAUCCGUGAGUCGUGAUCCAAUAAUGGUCGCCGUACAACAAUCGUAUCUAUGUCCGUGGUGUUCAUGUUCGUUAUAAAAUUAUAAUGGCAUUGUCGCAUAAAUUAAGCUAAUGAACUAAAUUAAUUAAAUAUACUAAUAAAUUAUACAUAUGUAUAUUUAAUCUAUGCAAAUGUAAAACUAAAAAAAAAAAGUAACCGCCAAUCGUCAGUGAUAACACGAUAAAAAAAAUUAUAUUGAUUUUUAUAAUAGAUUGUUGGCUUAUCCCCAAGGAUCAUGGCCGAUAUGUUUUUGUAGACUGUAGUUGAAUUAUAUUACAACUGUCGUUUUUUUGCGCAUUUAGUAGGUAAUUAGUUUAGUACACCACAUGUAGAUUAAAUGGUUCAAUUUAUCGUGUCUAUAUCAAUCAAAGCAGGUGGUUAUAAUAGGACAUAAUAUCAAAUUGAAACCAGUAAUCUUAUUUUAAAAUGACAAUGAAUCAAUGUGCUGUUCCGUCAAUACCGUGCGAUCGAGAAGAAGAAUGGAAAAUACAAGUAGGUGUACAACUAAUAAUAUCCAAUACCAUCAAUGUUUUGACUUGGGUUAUUUAAUUAUUUGUUCUUUAUUCUUAUUAUUCCAUAGCAUCAGAAUUACGUCGUCAAAGCCAAAGAUCAAAACCCAGAUGUCAUAUUAAUUGGGGCCUCCAUUAUAGAAUUAAUACAGUAUUAUCCAAUAUGGGAUGAUAAAUUUGUGCCAUUGAACACAUUAAAUUUUGGAAUUUGUGGCGAUCGAACUCAAGACGUUUUGUGGAGAGUACAAAAUGGCAUACUCGAUCAUAUAAAACCAAAAGUAGAUACCUACUUAUUAUGAUCAAAUAAUUAUUAUUUAUAGGUAUUUCUAUUGAGUAAAGAUAUUCUUAUACUCAGUGGUAUUAUUAUUUAUUAAGUACCUACCUAAGUAAGUUGUUUAUUAAUUACUUUCAAACAUUUUGUGUAGGUUUGCAUUCUGAACGUAGGAUCAAAUAAUAUUGAUAACACAGCCGAUGACAUUUCUGAGGGUAUAUUAACUAUUGUAAACGAAAUCAGGUCAAAACUUCCCGAAUGCUACGUUAUAAUCAUAGUAAGAUAAAUAACAAAAUAUAUAACUAACAAAUAUUGUAUUUUUAAUUAGAUAUAAUAAUUUAUUGUUUUGCAAACAGUAAAUGUUAAUAUUUGCUUUAGUACAUCAUGGAUACCUGAAUAAAUAGUGUAGAAAUGUUAAAAUAAAAUAAUAGAAUUACUAACGGCUGUCAAGAUUAAGGAUAUGUCUUAAUUAAUACGCAUCUUGACUCAAAUGUUUUGUAUUUUAUUCCUAAACAAAAUUAUAACUUAAAUAAAUUAAAACUUUGAAAAUAUAUAAAUUUUAAGAAUAAUAGUUAAUAAUGAUAUAACAUUUCAAGAAUUGUAGUGAACAACAAACACUACACAUAUUUGUAAUAUUAACUGGACACAAUUUAUUUUGAAAUCUGAAAAAGGAUGAAUGCAUUAAAUGUUAAUACAACUUACUGUGUUAAGAAUUUCUAUAUUAUUGUUAUAUAUCUGAAUAGAAGAAAUUAAUUAAAUGAAAAAAUAAAAUAUUAAUUUUUAAUAACAAUAACACUAUUAAUUCAUAUUAAGUUAAAUGUAAAAACAAUAUUAUCAAAAUUAUAAUAUUAUUAACUUAUUAAUUCAAUGUCUUCUUAAAAAGUAUUGACAGUAUUAAAAUUUUUCAUAUAUUGCAUAUUAUAAAAUAUAUUAAUAUUUAUAGGGCAUACUACCUCGUGGUCCAAACAUAAAUCCAUUAAGAAAAUUGGGAUCUGAAGUAAAUGAAAUUAUUGGCCAAAAAGUGAAAAAUGUAUCUAAAGUCGAACUACAUAAUGCCAAUGCUGAUUUGCUACAGCCAGAUGGAACAUUAAGUCAAAAAGACACACUGGAUUAUCUUCAUCCAUCAGAAAUUGGUUACCGCAAAAUAUUCAAUCCAAUUUUUGAACGUAUCGCAACUAUUUUAAAUAAUUAAAUACUAUAUAAUUUUGACUAUUUUGACUGUGUUUUGGACUAAGUAUUAACUUUUAAGUUUACACUUUGGAUAUCAAUUGCUUUGGAAUAUCAGAUUUAAACUGUCAGGUGGUUAAAUUUUUAUACUGAGAAAGUAGUCUGGAUAAUAUGGUUGAAGAUGAUAAUAUGUUUGUGUGUAUAUGUGUGUCAUGGUUUAAUAAACUAAGAUUUCUAUUUAUUUAAUUUUUUUUUUCAAAUGUGUGUAUACUAUAAACUAUAUUACGUUUUUAUUUGUAAUAUACAUUAAUUUGUAGGAAUUAUUGUUUUAUUAUAUUGAUUCUUAAUUUUUAAUAUUGUAUAAUUUAUUCUUUAAAUAUACAAAGAUUGUUGAAUUUCUUUCAUUAUAAGAAUAUAAUUAUUAAAUCAGUCUACUUGGUAAAAUGCUCUUUCUUAAUUAUGUACAUAUCUAGUUAAUACUAUUUAUGAAUUUUGAAUACAUUUUAUGUGAAAUUAAAAUUAUUAAUCAGGGUUCCCUAAUUGUCAAAUAUAUAAAUGGCAAUAGCUAAGUGUGCUAAGUGAAUCAGAAAUAUCCCAAAUUUUGGUCAAAAUUGAGAUAUUGAUUCAUAGAGGUCAAAUGAGUAGUGAAAAUUACUUCAAGAGCCAGAACAGUGGAAAGGAUAAUGCUUAUUUUAAAAAUAACUUUUACUUUAAGUUUGCCCUAAGUAGUGAUUUUUUUAUUAAAAUAUAAAUACAUUAAUAGUAUACAUAAU